AUGCCUCAUACCACACGUAAAGAAUGGCUGCCUCACUCUCAAACACGUUCAACUCAAAAUUAUCUAAACGCUAUAGUCACUCUUGAUCCUUCUCUUCCUCGAACGAUCGGAAAAAUCAAAUAUAACGAUGAUAUAGAACGAUUCGUACUUGUCACCAACGCUCAAAUGGCUUGGAUACCAAAAGAAGAUCGAGUGGAGAUCAAAAUCAUCGUCACCUUCAAAAUCUUUAUGGAUAUGGACAAGAUUUACGAACCUCUUCCUCCGGCUGGACAAGAUUUAUUAGGUCUCAUUCUUAAUUCCCUUCUACCCAGUCCGACAGCUAGACUACCGACGACAGAAGAGAAAGAUAGAGCGGUUGCUCUCAGAUAUUUCUUCGCGAGUCUGAGACCAGCCCCUCAAGUCAGUCUGACGAUGGCGGAAAGGAUUCAAGCGAAGGAGUUGAGGUCGACUUUAUUGCCUUUUCAACUGAGGACGGUAGCAAAGCUUUUGGAGAGAGAGAACGCGCCUGGGUUUGCCGUGGAGAAACCGUCAGGAGAUCCACCAGGAUUUUGGUCAAUGGUAGAUUUCGGGGAGAGCAUAGGAAGUUUGACAUACAGACGAUUGACUGGAGAGUUGUUACCAUUGGAGAAAAAGUCCAGUAAAGCCAGAGGGAAGGAAAGAGAGAGGGAUUUAGUGAUGACGGGAUUGCAGCCUCCUGGAACUGAAGCUCUCAUCGAUCUAUCUGGGAUUCGCGGGACCAUGUUGUGUGAAGAGAUGGGUCUUGGGAAAACUGUCGAAGCUAUAUCAUUAAUCAUUCUCAAUCAACAUCCAUCUGCUAUCCCACGUUUGGACUACUCGAAGUCUGCCAUCGCCGGAUCGUCAAAAGAGGGAUCCAUCAACCCAGACGAUGACAUCCCUGUACCUCUCAUCGACCUUUCCGAUGGUCCUCCCGGUCUGGAAGAUCCCUCUCUGAAAGAAUGGAUUCAAGCUCAAGAACGUGCUUUCAAAGAUAAAGUAACUUAUGAUCCAGAAGCACAAAUUUCCAUCGCUGAAGUUCCUAACACCUUGAUUAUCACACCCCCGUCGUUACUCAAGCAAUGGGUAGCAGAGAUGAAGAAACAUGCUCCCACAUUACGCGUUUGUGUGUAUGGCGGAUGGAAAUCGCUACAGAAAGGAAUUCUAAAACGUCAGGAUGAAUAUCGUAAACGGAUAGAAGUCAAGGACAAGUUGAAGAGAAAAAGGGAGAGCGAAGCCACGCGAAAUAAAAUCGUUACGAAGUACACGAAAUCAAGGAGGGGAGAGAAGGUGAAAGUGGAAAUAGAAGAGCAAGAGGAUAUCAAACCUGGUGAACAAGAUUUGGAUGAAGGUGCUGUUCUACCUUUGACUCAAAAAGGCUUUAUAGAUUAUCUGAGGGCGCAUGAUAUCGUUAUUACCACUUACAACGAUCUACAACAAGAUCUCACAGUGGCUCAUCCACCUCCUGAACGUUCACGUCGAAACAACACCGUAUACAAACUCAACGAACGUUGGCGUUCUCCAUUAGUAAUGGUAGAAUGGUGGCGUGUGAUUAUGGACGAAGUUCAACUUUGUGGAAAUUCUACCCAUGCUGCCGAAAUGGUAGCAUUAAUCCCUCGUCGUAAUUCAUUAGCAAUGUCCGGUACUCCAGCUAGAACAGAUAUAAAAGAUCUUAUCGGUUCAUUCCGUUUUCUACGAGUACCAAUUCCUCCUAAUUCUCACAUUUGGCAUCGUCUUCAACAACCUUCUUUCCGACCUGCUUUCGAAGGUUUAUGCAGAGAAUUGGCCGUUCGUACUACGAAAAUAGAAGUUCAAAACGAAUUCGAUAUUCCUCUACAGAAAAGAAUGAUAGUCCCUAUUGAAUUAUCGGAAAUUGAAGUAGCUUAUUAUAAUGAUACUUUAGAACGUCAACGUUAUGCUUUAGGUUUACCAUUGGAUCAUGAUUCUCGUAUGGCUGUAAAUUGGGUAUUGGAUAGAGCAAAGUUAAGAACGGCUUUGGUUAAUUUGAGACAGAUUUGUACUCAUAUUCAAGUAGGUCAAUUGAAUGGUGGGAGAAUAGAUCAGAGGUUACAUUUGGGAAAAGGUUUAAUGACGAUGCACGAAGCUUUGGAGAGGAUGAGGAUUGAUAAUUCUUCAGAGUAUAAUAAUCAAUUGAGGAGUCAGAUUCUCGAACGAGUGAGGGAUCGACUUUCGGCUCAACUCGUCCCUAUUCGGAAACAGUUGACGCAAUUGUUAGCUGAGCGGGGAUCUGACGAUGAAGACAUUGAUAUGUCGGAUCGGAACAUCUCUUUGGCAGAUAGAGAAAGAGGAAUGACAAUGAUAUCUGUUUUACAACAAAUCAGGGAGAUGCUCAUUAUCAUACAUCAAUGUUGGUUCUUUGAGGGUGAUAUUCGACAUGUUCAGAAGGAAGAGGAACAAGAAGUGGCGGCGUACAAUCAGGCGGAGACCAUUCGCCGGGAAGUCCUCUCUAGACCUUUACAACAAUCCGUCAGUUCGAUCAGCCAACUCUCACAGGCGUUGAAAAAAUCAACAGUCCUGUCUUUGACGGACUUACAGACGGACACUCUCACUCCGAGACCUCGGGGUGGUAUCGAGACCAGUACGCUAACGGCUCAAACGACGGAGCUCUUGAAAAUACUUGAUGGAAAUGCCGUGCUCAUAGUGGAAUGGCGGAAGAAGAUAGUAGAGCUGUUGUCGACUCCCGUAGAGUCUGAAACGACCGACGUGCCAGGUGUGGGUCAGGGGCAGAAUGUGGAGAAUCCUGAGAAGGAAUAUUAUGCCGAAGCGUUGAAUGCUCAAGGAGAAGUCGAAGCGUAUCUCAUUGCUUAUGCCGCCGCACUGGCAGAUAGACGGGAGAUGAUGUUGGAAGAACGUAGUCUUCUCGCCGAACGAGAUGUCCGAACUGCGAAACAGCGAUCCACACGGGCGGCCAUAAAGGCUGUUGCUGAGGCUCCUGAGAUUCUGAACGUACCGGACGAAGUGCAGGAACAGGCGAGAGCUUUGAUGGCUGAACGUCAGGCGUUCAGGGAUGCGAGAAAAGAGAAUGAUUGUGAGAAACCAUUGAAGGGAUUGCUGUUAGAUCUCAAUUCCAUCAUCCACAAUGCAAGCCGGGAGCAAGAAGUUCACAUCGCCAAAGAUCUCACCGAAAUCAUCAAAUCGUACAUCAGUACUCAGACCAAACAUCUCGAGAAACUCAACAAAGAGAUUGACCUCUUCCGUCAGACGUUCAACAAACGUGUCAUCUAUUUUGCCGCUCUGCAAGAGAUAUCGGAUUCCGUUUCUGCUCCUGAAUUCACUGAUCCUGAAAAAGAUUUAGAAUCCAUUAACAAGGAGAUUACGACGGCUGAAGCUGCACUUGCACGUUUGGCGGUGAAGGGUCGGUAUUUGGAGGCUUUGGGGAUGGAAGAGAGGAACGCGGAUGAGUUGAAGGAAGAUUGUAUUGUGUGUAUGGGAUCGAGCGAUGAUGAUAGGGCUGUGCUGUUGGCGUGUGGACAUUUCUUUUGUAACUCUUGCUUCAAAGAACUCAGGCAUUCUCAACACAUCGGUCAUAGAUGUCCCUCAUGUCGCGAACCAAUCAACGAACGGGCGAUAACCCGUAUCAAACUUGUUGGAGGCUACGAAACAACCUCGAAGCCUUCAGAAGUUUCGAAGGAAACCAAAUCUCUCCUCCCUUCGGCUUCCGCUUCGGGCGAAUCGGCCUUGUCGGCGGAAGAGGCUGAACGUAUUUUACAACGGGACGACAUGGACAAGCUGCGUAUGAUGGAUCAUGAGAGAAUGCAAGAGAUUUCGCACUUUGACAUUUUGGGAGAGUAUGGGUCGAAAAUCAAUUUUCUCAUCAAGCAUUUGUUAUAUUACCGUGUCAAAGAACCUGAAGCCCGACAUGUUAUCUUCUCUAAUUGGAGUGACAGUCUCAAUAUCGUGUUACAAGCUUUGAACGCCAAUAGGAUCAAGUGGGUAUCAUUUGAUCAAAGCAGUAAAACUCGUGAUGUGGUGGACCUGUUCAUCAAAGAUGAAAGUAUUUCGGUUUUCCUCUUGCAUGCUGAGAGAGAAAGCGCUGGGUUGACAUUGACAUCAUGUCGCGUGGUUCAUCUUCUAGAACCUGUCUUGAAACAUAGUUUCGAGUUACAAGCUAUCGGUCGUGUGGAUCGUUUGGGACAAAAACAUGAGACGGCGGUUUAUUGCUACGCAACCAUGGACACUAUAGAAACUCGUAUUCUCUCUCAAGGUGUACAAAACCAAACUUCCAUCUACCUCAAAGAUCCCAAUGUGACAAUGUCAAUGCCUAACGUCGUAUCUGCAGCUCAUAAAGGUGGUGAUGUGAGUGAUGGGAAUGAAGAAGAACUGUUGCGACUCAUCUUGUGAUUUUACUAUUCUUGGUUCUCUUGCUUUUCUUGGUUCUCUAGUUUGUGACAUCUAAAAGAUAGAUUUUCAUGCAUAUCUCUCUCC